AUGUCUCACCGAGCUCUUAAAAAUCAAGUGGGGAAAACAGCGAACACUCUAAAUUCAAGGCCACAAGGAACAUUGCUAAGUGAUACUGAAAUUUUGAGAAUCCAAGGGAAGGAGCAGUGCAAGGCCACUACCCUUAGAAGUGGGACUAAGUUGGAUGAAGUUGUUCAAGAUGCCAUGACAGAAGAAGACAAAUCCAACUGCAAUCACGAAAAGAUCUCAGAACCUACUGAACGACAAAAAGCACCUGAAAAAGGUACACAUAGAAAUGUUGUGAUAAAAUCAGAUCAUGUUGCCAACAAAAAUGUCACACAAAACAAUAUCGGUAACCUGAAGGAUGACCACCUUUACAUUUUCCUCAGAGAUAUCAAAAUGCUAAACAGGAAAAUUCAGUUUAAAAGGUUUUUAGAUGUUUUGAAGCAACUCUAUAUCAACAUACCGUUAGUAGAAACUUUGGAGCAAAUGCCUAAUUAUGUAAAAUUUAUAAAAUACAUAUUGUCAAAAAGCCACAGAUUGGGAGAAUUUGAGACUACUGCUCUCACUGAAGGGUGCACAGCAAUGUUGAUGAAUAAAUUAGCUCCAAAGUUGAAGGAUCCAGGGAGUUUCACUAUCCUGUGUUCAAUUGGAAAUCAUUAUGUUGGAGAGGACAAGGUCAGUGAUGUAGAGCCCGUUGCGAUGAAUCCUGCCAAUGAAAAGAAUGCACCAAAGCACUAG